CUCCUCUUUCUAGAGAUGCUCACCACCAGGUGCGCCGCGAAGCUUCUGCUUCUCAGACCUGCGAUCAACCCAGAAGGAUGGGUCCAGAAAUCUGUGUUCACAGAUACCAUCUGACAGGAAAACAAGCAAGAAACUAUCCUGCGUUUGUACAGGAAAAGACAAAAUCAUGCAAAAGUCCUGCAAUGAAAAAGAAGGAAAGCCCAAGUGCAGUGAGCCAAAGAGGGAGGAUGAACAUCCCCGUGGAGCAUUUGAAGGCCAGCGACUGGAAGGCAAUUUCAGACAGAGGCUGCUUCAGUCUCUUGAAGAAUUUAAAGAAGACAUAGACUAUAGGCAUUUUAAAGGUGAAGAAAUGACAGGAGAGGAAGAAGAGAUGGAAAGGUGUUUGGAAGAAAUAAGAAGUCUGAGAAAAAAAUUUAGGGCUCUGCAUUCUAACCGUACCCAUUCUCGGGACCAUCCCUUUUAAUGCAGUGGCCUCCGAAAUUAUUUUCUGUUAUUAAUGUUCCCAUUGCUUUCUGUUUUCACAAAUAUUUGCUAUCAUUUCACUUUUAUAACUCAGUUUCGGUUACAGCCAUGUAUAAGCCUCAUGCUGUCCAUAUCUUGCCUUUCAAUUUCACCUCACUGACUUAAUAAGAAAUUUUGUUUGUUUAUCUGAAAGGACAAUCAUUAUGUAUAUGCUGUAUGUGUUCACUUAUGUAUGAUACCAUGUCAAAGAGCUUAAUCUGUGUGAUUUGGAUUCUCUUUCUUACUUUCCACAAAAUGAAUAUAUUCAUAUCUGUAUUUGCACUAUUAAUUUUGUAUCACAAAAGGAAAACAAUUAGACAUGAAUGAAAUUGGUUUACCAAUCGCGUUAGGAAAGCAGUGAAGCAGCAAACUGUUAAUAACAGAAGUAUGAGAAAGACAUGUCAACUGUAACCUGCCUUUGGAUUUCUUAGCCAGAGGAAUAAAGUGACCAUUAUAAAAUG